AUGAAUCCUCUUAUAGACGUGAAAAAACGGGUCGUUACGCCACGUUAUUUCACUGAGGGUAAAGCACCGAAGGAACCAAAAGACCCCGAGAUGGAACACAACGAACCUGCACUCCCUGCGCCCAAAGUAAAACGGGAAGUUAAAACCGAACCGAAAGAUAGAGAAGCACCUGGUCGAACCUUUCAAAACAAGAAGCAAAAUAAUGCUUUCAACCGAAAAGCAUCCCUCAGACCGAAGCAUGAAAAGGCGCUUAAAAUUCCAAUCGAUCCAGCCGCUUUGAUGCGCCACUCGCGGGGCGAAAGCAUGAAUGUGGGCGGUGUGAAAUCCAAAUUCCACCAAAUCAAUGAAAAGCGCAAGGAUAUCAAUAUUGAAUUUGCCACACAGCAAGCGGCACGGGCAGAAAUUUUGCUCCAUGAGGAGGAAGGUUAUCUGGAGGCGGACGAAGGCGAAAGUACCACCAACAUUACGCAGAGAGAAAUAGUGGACAAUGUGGACAUAACGACAGCAACGAAACAUUUCAACUUAACGCUUGACUUUGGACCGUACCGUACGCGUUACACGAAGAACGGUAGAUAUUUGCUACUGGGCGGAAAGCGCGGCCACGUUGCCGCAUUCGAUUGGGUGCGUAAGAAGUUGUUGUGUGAGAUGAAUGUGAUGGAAUCGGUGCACGAUGUUACCUGGUUGAUGAACCAAACCAUGUACGCUGUGGCGCAGAAGAACUGGGUACAUGUGUACGACCACAAAGGGACGGAGAUCCACUGCAUUAAGACAAUGCACCGGAGCGUGCGAUUGGAGUAUUUGCCGUAUCACUUUUUGCUAAACAGUGCUGGUGAGAAUGGAUUCCUUUCGUGGAUGGACGUAUCGGUUGGCGUAUCGGUGGGAAACUACAACACCAGAAUGGGCAAGAUAUUGGCGAUGGCACAAAAUCCAUGGAACGCGGUAACGUGCGUUGGUGGCUCGAAGGGUGUCGUAUCCAUGUGGUCACCGAUGGUGCGGGAUCCGCUGGCUAAGAUGCUUUGCCAUCCGGUACCGUUGACGGGAGUUGCGAUCGACCCGCAAGGUAUCCAUAUGGCAACGGCCGGGUUAGAUCGGCAGGUAAAAAUAUGGGACAUACGACAGCUAGAAGGUCCGCUCGAAACGUAUUACAUCAAUACGGCGGCUUCCGAGUUGGAGUUGUCCCAGCGCGGCCUUUUGGCACUGUCGAUGGGUAAUGUGUGCGAGGUUUACCGCAGAGAUAACAGUUCCACCGACGAUCAAAUGAAACCGUACAUCAGACAUCGAACGAACGGUCCAAUAUCUAGCAUCAGAUUCUGUCCGUACGAAGAUAUCCUCGGUGUAGGAACGGCCAAAGGUUUCGCAUCACUGAUUGUUCCCGGUUCGGGUGAGCCAAACUUUGACACGUUCGAAGCCAAUCCUUACCAAUCGCGUUCGCAACGGCGAGAGGAAGAGGUGCACAAACUGCUGGAGAAGAUACCGGCCGAAUUUAUCUCGCUUAAUCCUACGCAAAUCGAUGAGGUGGAUGUACCGUCCGCUAAAGCACGGCUAGAGCAAAAGGUAAAGCUGCUAACCCUGAAACCACCCCGGAUAGACUUCGAACCACGCAAGCGUAACCGCGUAUCGAAAGCCAAACUUGUGCAGAUCAAGCGAAACGUAAAGGAAGCUCGAUUCCGCGAGGCAGCCAAUGAGUUACGCGAGAUCAAGGAAAAGCUAUUGGCGGAAGAGAAAACGACAGAGGAAUCUCCCGAUUUCAUUCCUUUGGAGCCGAAAAGCGUUCUGGACCGUUUUAAUACCAAGAAAAAGAAGAAAGCUACAAAUUAG